GAAUAAUUGAAAGUUUCUAGCGGGUUAUUCUAGUUUGGCGUAACAGCAUCGGCAUGAGGAUUUACCGGUGUUGGUUUUGCUCGAGUCCGAUAUAUCCUGGACACGGAACACUUUUUGUCAGAAAUGACUGCAAGGAAUUCCGUUUCUGUAGAGGAAAAUGUCAUAAAGCCUUCAAAAAGCAUAAAAAUCCACGUAAAGUUAAAUGGACUAAAGUAUCAAGAAGAGUUCGCGGGAAAGAAUUAACCGAUGAUCUAGCUCAAACAUUUGAAAAGAAACGAAAUCUUCUAUUCAAGUAUGAAAGGACAGCAGUUGAAAAAAUAGUGAACGCUGUUCCGAAAAUUGAUCAAAUCAAGCAUAAACGUGAAUCUGCAUUCAUUAGAAAACGUCUAUUGAAAGGUGUGCAGUUACGUAAAGAAGAGGAUAUUAAGCUUGUUAAUACACAAAUGCAUUUGAUUGAAGCUCCUGGAGCUAAAAGAAAGCGUGAACUUAUGGAUAUUGACCCAGAAUCAGAAUUAUCCGAUGAGGAAAUGGAUAUUUCAACCGCUGAACUUGAAAAUGAGACAAGUAAAAGAAAGGUAUCUGAGAAAAAGAAGGCUCGUGUCAAGAAACAGAAAAUUGCAUUGGAAGCUAAGUGAUCAAACAAAAAAAGACUUGCAUACUUAUCUUGUACUUAUUUGAUAUAUACACAAGUUGUUUUAUUUUAAGUGAUGUUCAGUCCUAAUUUCUUAUAUGCGUAAUAGACAGCGCUUCAUUAAACUCGUAAUGUCUGUC